GCUUCCUCCUCCUCCUGUCUGGAGACCGUCACUGUCAUAUGACUCCCGUUUCCUGGUCCAGUCUGAGCUCCACAAACACGGCUGUCGGUCUGUUCAUCUUCUCCUGUGGCUGACACUCCAGAUAUACUCAUCAUGUAUCGAUAUGCUUCAUUUGUUUUAUCCCUUGGCUUUGCGCUCGCGUUCCAGCUGUCGCACGGCACUGAGGUGACAGUCAAAGACAAAGACAACAAAAUAUGCCUCUAUGCCAAUCUAAUGGUCAACUUCUCAGUCUCCUAUAAAUUAGCUGACGAUAAGAGUGCAACAGCGCAGAUUGAACUUCCUGUGGAAGUCACAACUGAUGGAAGUACAUGUGAUAAAACAAGCUCAAUGUUGAAGCUCAAUUUUGGGGAAGGACACUCCUGGAGUGUGAACUUUGCCAUCAAUGGAAAAGUGUACCAGGCCGACACCAUCACCUUUUCCUACAACCUCAGUGACAAAACCAAGUUCCCCAAUUCUGCGUCUAAUGGCACCGUAACUGUCUCCGUGAAGCCUCACGUCGGAGACGUCGGCCUGGACACCUGCUACUCAUGCAAGAGCAAAGAAACGAUUGAGGCUGAAUCAGUCAAUCAGACUCUGUGGGAUGUGCACAUUCAGGCUUUUGUCAGUGACAACAUCAUAAGUGAAAACAUUACUUCUUGUGCUGCUGACGUGCCCUCAACCCCUGCUGUCCCCACCAUUCAUGCCACCACCACUACCCCUGUAGCUCCUACCACAAUCUCUACCACCACAACCUCUACCACCACUACCCCUGCAGCUCCUACCACAACCUCUACCACCACAACCUCUACCACCACUACCCCUGCAGCUCCUACCACAACCUCUACCACCACAACCUCUACCACCACUACCCCUGCAGCUCCUACCACAAACUCUACCACCACUACCCCUGCAGCUCCUACCACAAACUCUACCACCCCUACAGCUCCUACCACAAACUCUACCACCAUUGCCCCUCCUCCCACCACCACCCCGACCCCCACCCUCCCCACACCCACCAUUGGGGAGUACAGCGUCAAGUCUGGUGUAAACGGCACAGUCUGUCUGAUGGCCAACUUUGGCCUGCGGAUCGGUGUCAAGAACGUAGAGAUGAACCUUGAGCCCAACGGGACCACAUCCUCUGGCACAUGCGAAGUUAACAGCAGUCAGCUGGUGUUGACGUCCAACGCAAUGAUCAUCACGCUCACUUUCGCCAAUGACACAAAGAAAUUCCGCCUACAUGCUCUGAACGUCACUGGAAAGACAAGCUCUGGCGUGGCGUUUUCUGAAGUGAACACCAACCUGAGUCUGUGGGAGGCGGCUGUCGGCAGCUCCUACAUGUGUAACAAGGAGCAGAACUACACCAUCACCAGCCAGCUCACCAUCUUCACCUUCAACCUUCAUGUUCAGCCUUUUGGAGUCAAGAAGGGUGUUUUCAGUACAGCCCAUGAAUGUUCAUUGGAUGACACCAGCAUCUUAAUCCCAAUCAUUGUUGGCGCUGCUCUGGCCGGCUUGAUUCUCAUUGUAGUGAUCGCUUACGUGAUUGGUCGAAGAAAGACUUAUGUUGGAUAUCAGACACUUUAAAUCCAAUUUGCAAUCAAUAUCAAGGGGGUUCUCAAGCCUGGUCCUUGGGUUUCAUGUGCAAUUGUUUAAUUGGCAAAUAACUUGAAAAAAAUCUGAACUAAAGUCUCUGCUAGAAAAAAAACACAAGAUUUAUCAUUGAAGUUACUGGUCAUUAUGAGACAUUAAAUGCACAUUGCAUUUGCCUCAAGGUUUUUGUUAAUUAUACUAUAAUAAGGAGUAAAAAUCUAUGUAAAGAUGGAGAGUUUGGUGUUUUUUUUCAAGGACCAAACUUGUUAACCCCCAAAUGUUUGUUUCUUUUUGUUAUUUUCUCGAUGUCUUGUCUUCCCUUUUUCGUUGUGUUUUUUUAGGUCAUGAGCAAGUGCAACAUCCAAACAACCUUUUUUAAUUUAAGUUAUCAUAAUAACAUGAGAGGUGACUUUCAAUAUACUAUAUAUAGAGUUUCUUAACAUGCACAGUACACUUCUACAUGCACAAAAGCCUCUGGACAUUAAUUUUUACCAGAUGUGUAGCAGUUUAAAUCAGCUUCUCUAGGAUCCUGCACUUGCUCUGCAGACAUUCCCUUUUUUUGUUUCCACAUGUCUCUGUUUAAUCUGUGUGCACAUUGUAGUCUUUUACUUUCAUUAUGGUUUGACUUUUCAUCUACAUGAUUAUUGACAUUAUAUAAGUACAAUAAUUUUCGUCAGCGUUCUUUCUUUCUUCCCAGAAAGUCAUUAACAAAGGAUGAAGGUCUACUCCACUUGAAAAGUAGUCAAGGGAAAUAUGCUUUGGCCCGCGUUUGCCCCUGUAGAGCGGGGGAAACAUUGGAAUCAUUGUCCUAAUUAUGUGGCUCAAAUCACAGUAGGAAUGUGAAAUCAAAGUGUUUGUUGUUUGAGCAUAAAUAGACCCUUUUAUUAUGGAGACAUUUCGGCAUCGAGCAGUAAGUCCAGGUGGAAACAAUGACAUUAACGAUGUCUCAUUUACAUUUAGGUGUAAAGGCACUGGAACUGACAAAUCCUCGUUAGUGUUAUUAAUCACACCUGUGCCUUCUCUGCUGUACAAUAUCAAAAUGUCUGCUGAUUUUAAAAGUCCCCUUCAUUUGCACCCGCAGAGAAUAAAUCUGAUAAGAAACGUCAAAUGUUUCUUUCUCACACCAACAAUUUUGGCAUUAGGUUUAGGGAGAGUUUUGUUGUGUAGAUAUUCACUUUUAUGAGGAUAUUUACACAUAAAUGCACUAAGGCGCUCUUUAAAUGUUUGCAUUAUGAUGAGACUGUUGUCACAUUGUCUCACCUGUGUGUAGGUGUGGGCUGAGCUCUAGAGAGCCUCAGCUGGACCAGGAGACGUUAAAGCCCCUGAAAACAUUCGAUUAACAUGAAUGAGCAAGAAACUAUAAAAAUAAUGUCCUAACAUAUUUAUUCAUGAAGGGUUUAAUACAAUAGUUAUUUUCUUUUUCGCUGAGAGUUAGAUCAGAAUAUUCUGUUAGAGUUAGAUAUGGAGCUUCAGCAAGAAGACAGUUUAGCUUGUGGGAAACAAAACAUCUACCUACCAAAACCUCAGCAUGUUUUAUCAUGUUUCUUUGAGUGGUAUUGAUCUUCUCAUCUAACACUCAGCAAGAAAGCUCAAAAAGCACUCCUCUAAAAGCUUAUCUUGUGGAUUUCCUUUAAUCAGUGUUUGUUCAACAGUGCUGGCAAAGAACAAACCACCCCAAACACUUUUUCAGACUGAUCGCAAAAUUAAUGAAAAGAAAGAAAACAAGCAAACUGUUUUCAUGGAGAUAGAAAGCUGAAAGCAGGUUUUUACAGGAGCUUUUAAGUCAGGGAAAUAGUACAGGUUACAGUGAUGCAGUAUCAGGGAUGGAGUCAAGCCCCAGAAUGUGUAUUUCUGUAAUAAUAGAAACCAAUGUUACACAUGGUAGUUGCUGUGUAUUGUUGCUUAAUCAGUGUUGUGUACUGUUCUCCUUGUUCCAACUGUUUAAACCUGGAGCAAGCAGGCAGCAAACUACACUGAAUACGAGUAGAGAUAGUUGCAUUAUUUUAUUAAGUUGAUUAUAAAAUUUGCUUUCCCAGGACAUUUUCAAAUGUUUUGAUAAAUAGCUCUUAAUCAAAUAUGAGCUUUGAUUUUUUUUUUUUUUUUUUUUUUUGCAUAUCAUUGUGGCGAUCAUGUUUAUUUCAGCUUUGUACAAAUUCGUUGCCUUAAUCAUAAAUAUGGGGUUUUUGCAGCACUGGUAUAGAUGUUUUUGUUCCUCAACCUUUAAUAUCCUUUUUUCUCCAAUAAAUCAUCUUAACAGGUGUAUCAUCAUGAAAUGUGCCUUGUUUAAUGAUACAUUUCUCUUUUCAUGCAAAAACUUGCUCAUAUGAAUAAGAAACCUUUUAGUUGGUUUACUUUCAAUAUUUAAGAACAUAGCACACAUAUGUUCAGUAAAGGGAAUUUGUGAAUAUUCAUCAUCAAUGUGUUAUGUCCAUAGAAAUGAUUUAAUCUCCAUUCGCUUGUGCUAUGAGCUAUAAUAAAUUGGAUUUCAAAUUGUG